AUGGACCUCCACUUACCGUCCUUCUCCCCCAUCAAAACGACCUUCACUCCCCCACCUCUCCCUCUCUUCGACAUGGACAUUAACAGAUUGGUCCAAGCCGCUGCAGCUCUCUCCUCUGUCCUACAAAGUCAUAACAUUCGACAUGCUUUCUACGGAAGCAUGUUCCCCGCAUUAUUGGCUAGACACCCUGCCAGUGAUGAGAUCUUUUGCAUCGUCGAGGGUGGCCUGACGCAGGCGCACCCGUUCCGACGCGUCCGUGAUGCUGUCGCCGGUAGUGAGAACCUCACAGUCAUGCAUUCCACAUGGACAAACCGACUCCAUGUCACUUACCGAGGAUUCAUUCCGGUCAUCGACAUUGAAAUUCUCCCCGCUGGCGAAACGGGACCACGAAUACUCGACAAUAGCGCAGUGAUGAAGUUGCCAAACGCCCCGGGCGUGCCUUUCCUUACCUACUCAGAAUUCAUUCGCGCCAAGCUGAAGUCCUGGAUGAUUCGUGGUUCGGAACGAGAUGCCCAGGACAUCAUCUUCGUGCUUGGUCGUUAUUGGGACCGUGUUGAUAUGAACCGAAUACCUGACCAGGAUAUGAACGUCUUCGCAACCAAAAACAGCACGGCAGCACCGGCUUGGACAGCGCUACGAAGGAAAUAUGGGAUGUGA